GUUUUCGCUCAGCCUUUCUCUUGGGGGUGGGGGGUGUCUCCUCAGCCCUGUUCACACCAGAGAGAGAAGAAUAAAGGAACGUGGCUCAGUAGGCUCUAGGGGUUAAGGGCAUCGCCUGACGCCUUUUCUGGAUGGACACUCCCUUCUCAUGGUGAAUGGAAACUCCCUUUCUCAGCAGCCUCCUUGCUGUCCAUUCCGGUAGCCCAGUGUGAUUGCAGAGGCUGCCACCACCCAGACAGGAAGCCUCCCAGAGCAGACAGAGCCCGUCCCUCUCCCCACACAGAGCUGCAGUAAUCCUGAGGUUCAGAGAGCCGGCUGGAGAGGCAGCUUCAGCCCAGGAACCCUGUGACAGAGCAAAGGACACUAAGCGGACUUCAUCCCCGCUGUGAGCAAGUGGAGUGAAGAGAGCCCCCAGCCAGCCAGCUCUUCAGUGCUGAGCGUGCUGCCGCCGCCGCCGCCACCGCCGCCGCUGGUCGCUGCUGAGCCAUGGCUGAAGGCGAGAUCACAACCUUCGCAGCUCUGACCGAGAGGUUCAAUCUGCAUCUAGGAAACUACCAAAAGCCCAAACUGCUCUACUGCAGCAACGGGGGCCACUUCUUGAGGAUUCUUCCCGAUGGCACAGUGGAUGGGACAAGGGACAGGAGCGACCAGCACAUUCAGCUGCAGCUCAGUGCGGAAAGCGCGGGCGAAGUGUAUAUAAAGGGUACGGAGAGCGGCCAGUACUUGGCCAUGGACACCGAAGGGCUUUUAUAUGGCUCGCAGACACCAAAUGAAGAAUGCCUGUUCCUGGAAAGGCUGGAAGAAAACCAUUAUAACACUUACACGUCCAAGAAGCAUGCGGAGAAGAACUGGUUUGUGGGCCUCAAGAAGAAUGGGAGUUGCAAGCGUGGUCCUCGGACUCACUACGGCCAGAAAGCCAUCUUGUUUCUGCCCCUGCCUGUAUCUUCUGACUAGAGGAGUCUGUUCUGGGUGCUCCCUGUUUUGGUGGACCCUACCAUGUUCCCUUGACCAUUGGCUGCGCUAACCCUCAGCCCACAGAGCCUGAAUUUGUAAGCAGAGCUUCUAAAUAGCCAGUUCACCUUUCUGCUGAACCCUUCCCCACCACCCUAGCACAGUUUGGAACACAGGGACCAAAUUGCCUCUAGGGGACAACUGGCUGGCCAGUCUAGGUCUGGGUUUGGAUACCCGGAUGCCUCGGGGCACCUGCUACAAGCUGGACCUCAUGAUGCAAAGAGGGGGGCCAUGUGAGGCAUCCAGGGGGGGUCUAAGAAGUGGGUUCUUUCAGUAGCUGCAUGCUCCUUUCCCUUCUGAGCGUUUUGAGUAACCCAGGCAAUUAGCAUGACUACCCUUCGCCCUACCAGCACCUCACAAAUAUCAGUAAAGUAACUGAUAGUGAGACUUAAGGAAUUUCAUAAUAGAGAAAAAAAAAAUCCCCCCACCAUACCUCGCCCCACCCCCAUGUACAGACAAGACUUAAAACGGAAAGGGAGUAUUGGCGAUUCCGUGGACAGCCUAGAAGCAUGGGGUCUCAGAACAGAGUAAGAAGGCAUGGCUCAGCCACGGGGAGUCAGGAUGAACAGCCCAGCAGCUAUUACCAAGUUACCAAGGCAACGUCCACAGUCAGGGAAAGAGCCCCCGGAAAUGGUUUCUUAGUAAUGGCAAACACAGAGAUCUGGGGUCUGAAGAGUGGGUGUAGGAGCAAGGAGACAGGAAGGAUGCCUUCAGCUGUGGGUGUUAGCUUCUAAAAAGGAAGAUGUUAGACGGGAGGAGGAGGAGGAAAGAAAAAAAACGAGACCAUGUCACCAGGUGCUUGGCCACCAUGAAACUGAGGCUGUGGGGUCCCAGCACAAUGGUCCCAAAUGGCCCAUGUACCAUCUGUAUUCAGAUUCAUUUGUAUGAAUAUGAAACCUGACUUUGGGGGGCUGUCGUGGGGGAGUUCUGUGUUUUGAAAAGGCCCCCUGGUCCCAUAGAUGUUGCUGGCUUCUCCCCGCCCCCCCCCAUGCUUUCAAGAACAGCCCCGGAGAAAGCUUAUUCAAAUGAAGGUUGCUCCUGCUUCACCCUCUUUUGCCUCCAAGGCCUGGCCUUCCCCAAUAUUCAUUCAGGCAGUGUCCAUAGUAGUUAAGCAUGGUUUCAAGACAGCUUGGCCCAGUGCCUAUAAAAUGCCCACUUAGAAGUCACUGAAACCAUACUUCAGAAAAUGUUAAACCUCACGAAAAGCUUUUUCCCAAGAGACCAUUUCUAUUACCAUUAAUUCUCUAAACUGGCUUCCUCCUUAAAGUAAACUUGGCCCAAGUGACCAGCAAAUUAGAAACACUAUUCAUCUCUGACAUAGGACACAAAUGCCAUGAGAAGGCCUUUCAUAUCCCAAUUCAAUAUACUGUGAGACUUAUUUUUUCGUCGCAUUUUAUGUAGCUUGAAGGCAUUAAAUGGAUUCACAAUCAGCCACAGAGAAUAAUAACAGUAUGGGACGUAAAAGCUGCUUAGUUAUCUAACACACUGCAUUCAUUCAUGAGACCUUUCCUCUUUGCCUUCUACUGUGCUUUAAGAAUAGGUAUCUAGGGGCUGGUGAGAUGGCUUAGCAGUAAAGAGUACACACUGCUUUUGUAAAGGACAGGAGUUCAGUUCCCAGCACUCACAUCCUGAUGCUCAGACCCAAUUCUAACUCCAACUCCAGAGACGUGAUGUCCUCUUCUGGCCUCCAGGGGUACUGCAUGCACAGGUACAAACCCACACUCAGACAUGCAUGCACACACACUUUUUCAAAAAUAUAAACCAAUGAUAUGGUGGCUGUGGAUUGAAACUGAUGGCAGUGUUCACUUGUUUGACGGGGAUCUAAAGCAAUUAUUUGCUGACAAAAGUCCUUAUAACAACACUGUCACAUCUGAUGACAUUCUUAAGAGUUCAGAGUGUUAAUGGAGGAGCUAAACGGAAUUAUUUCACAACAUGGUUAAGAAUAAUGUUCUUACAGGAGGCAGAAGCAGGUGGAUCUCUGUAAGACUGAGGCCGACCUGGUCUACCCAGUGAGUUUCUGGGAAGCCAGGGGUAUGUAGAAAGGCCCUGUAUCUCUCUCUCUCUUUCUCUCUCUUUCUCCCUCUCUCUCUUUAAUCAUAAUGAUGCUUUGCUUUUUUAACAACAAAAAAAAGAUGAUUCAUGACUUUUUAAAGUCUAUAACUUAAAUAACAUGGUUCUGUUUUGUUUUAGUAAAUUGUAGGCACACUGAUAAUACAGUAUGGUUUCCCAUAUCUUUAUAUGAAGAUCUGGCCAGGAAAAGUAUAGAGAUGAAAUCUAUGAUAUUUAGAAUAGUGAGUAGUUUUUCUUUUUUUUUUUUAUCAAAUGAACCAAACACAAGUAUAACACUGACCAAGACAAAUUAAAAACCACUGCACAAGGAUGAAAUGGAGUCUGAGGCCUCAGGGACUCAAAGCACUGAUGAUGUUCAUUGUAGCCUUAACCAUCAACCUAGUCACAAUUCGUGUAUUUGCUCACCAUAUACUGCAGACCCAAUGUGUGUUAGGCACCGAAUAUGGCCUCUGGGGAUAAUGUCUGUCCUCUCCCUGGGGUAAAGAGAGAUGUUGUGGAUUGUUUCUUUCAGGCAGGUCAAUACAUGGAUUUCAUAGUUUCUUAAUGAAUCAACAGCGUGUUCUAGAAACCACCCCCAGUCGAUAGCACCACCCCACCCCCCAACAAAGAGAUAGAGGCAAGCUUUGCAAAGGAAACCCAGGACUUUCAAUGUUAGUCCUCUCAGAGGAGUGGACUAGUUUCACAUGGGGGGUGGGGGGAAAAGCUGUUGGAUCUUGCAGAAAGGAAGCAGAGAGCCUGUCCCUGUGCUGUUGGGAACAUUGAUCAUAGGAACAUUUGGUUGUGUACUCUCUUCCAUAACGAAGUCCCGAGACCAUCUGCUUGUCACGUGCCUCCUGCAUGCUCUCAAUUCCAAGCUGACUGCAACACAGUGUCCAACACUCACUACGAACUGUGAAGAGCAUGUGGGCUUUUGACAGUUAGUGACACACUGGAGAUGGAACUGGGGGGUUCCCCUGAUGGCCAGCAGUGUGUCCAUACAAAAAUCCUAACUGGUACAUCAGCUGCCAUUGAAGACGAGGUCCCUGCUUUGUGUUGAAGGCAGUGGAGCCCAAAUCCUCAGCUCUAAAGACAACACUGCCUAAAGCAAUUGCGGUCCCUGGCUGCAAAGCAGGCUCUGAUGGAGAUGAUGCCUGACAUUCACCCUGCGCCCACACUGUAUUACACUCUGCACCUUAUCAAUAUUAAUAAAUGUUGUAUUAAUGGG